AUGAACUUGUCUCAUGUCACCAUUCUCUUUCUCGCUAUUCUUUUUCAAGAAACCCUAUUUUUAGCCAUGGGAGACAGACAAUUCAUAGAGAACACAUGCAAGAGCACACCUUCAUACAACUUAUGCCUUUCUAUUUUAUUGGCAAACCCCAAGAGCCAAAAUGCAAAUUUAACAGGCUUAGCACUCAUCGUAGUUGAUGCAGUAAAAAACGAAGGUGUGAAAACCCUACAACAAAUCGAUGCUCUCAAAAAGUCUCUGCCCGAGUUGACAGCGGCACUGACGCAGUGUGGAGAUGUGUAUAACACUAUAAUGCAUGUGGAUGUUCCUUUAACCAUUAAUGCAUUGAAUCUUGGUAACCCUAAAUUCGGUGAAGAUGGAAUGGCUGAUACAAUUAUCGAGUCGCAGACAUGUGAGAGGAGUUUUAAGGAGCAUGGUCAAACAUCACCGUUGACGAAUAUGAAUAAAGAUAUGGAAGAUGUGGCUAAUGUAGCUAGGGCCAUUAUUAGAAUACUUUUAUAA